CGGUCGGUGGUGUCUUUGGGCGCCCGUCCUGCCGCCGCUCUCUCCCCGGGCUGUGGCUCCCUGUGCCGCUGGGGGACAUGCACCCCGGGGCCCUCCUCCUGACCGUGGCGGCGGGGCUGGUGCUCGGCUGGGGCCCGCUCCCGGGGGGCGCGCAGAGGGUCAAGGUGCUCUUCACCCCCAUGAUCUGCCGGGUGCACUGUUUCGAGGGGCACUGCACCAACCAGUGUCAGCGUGGCAACGUCACCGCCCUGUACAGCGGGGAGAAUGCCCGCCCGGCCGAGGGGGCUCCCGGAUUCCGUGUCUUCUUGUGCCCUCUCAUCUGCCAAAAUGGGGGGGUCUGCCUGAAAAAGGACAAGUGCCUCUGCCCUCCCAACUGGACCGGCAAGUUCUGCCACAUCCCGGCGCCGCCUCACUCCCAGAACCAGGCCCCCACCCGCCGAGGAGCCGACGAGGCCUCUCCCUCCGAGAGGGGAGCCCAGCGGGCGACCAAGUCCAUGUACACCCUCCCCAUUGCCAACCAUCGCCAGGAGCGUGACGGUGUGGCCUCGAUGGCGAACGUCCACGUGGAGCACCCCCCGGAGGCGUCGGUCACCAUCCACCAAGUGGAGCGGGUGAAGGAUGAGGAGCUGCCCCCCGGGGACACCAACGCCCUCCCCUUCUCCCGUCCCGCCCUCUACAGCGUCUUGGCGCAGAGCAGCUCGCGGGACCCCGCGGGCUACAGCGAGGACUCUGGCUUCGGCUACUGCUUCAGGCACCUGCGGGGCGGAGAGUGCAGUGCCCCCCUGCCGGGCUUGCGCACCCGGGAAAUCUGCUGCCGUGGGCAUGGCGUUGCCUGGGGUGUCCACGAUUGUCAGCCAUGCAGCAGUGGUGACGGAGGGCCCCCCNGUGUGGUGGGGAGGAACGAGGCCUCCUGUCCCCAGGGCUUCCGGAGGCAAAACGGCUCCUGUGUGGACGUCGACGAGUGCCAGGAGAGGCGCUACUGCCGCAACGGGGACUGCACCAACACCCGGGGCAGCUUCGCCUGCGUUUGCCACGAGGGCUACAUCCUGGACUCCUCUCGGAGCAGCUGCAUCUCCCACCACGUCAUCUCGGAGGCCAAAGGCCCCUGCUUCCGGGUGCUGCGGGAGGGGGGCUGCUCCCUCCCCAUCCUCCGCAACAUCACCAAGCAGAUCUGCUGCUGCAGCCGCGUGGGCAAGGCCUGGGGGCACGGCUGUGAGGGCUGCCCGCCUUUCGGCUCAGAUGGAUUCAAGGAGAUCUGCCCGGCCGGCCCCGGGUACCACUACUCCGCCUCGGACCUCCGCUUUGACACGCGCUUCCUGGGCCAGGACCUGCCCCGUGUGCCCGUCAGCCACCAGCCCGGUGGGCGGGAGCCCGUGGCAAGGCAGCCACCGACGACCACAGCCCCCACCAUCCUGCGCUGGAGCCCGCCCAUCACAGUCCUGCCCGAGCGCCAACCCCCUCGGGCAGUGCCCACUCAGUCGCUGGGGCCGGAAGCCGCUGCGCCAGAGGCCGGGCAAGGGGUUUGCGAGCGGCGCCCCCAGGUGUGCGGUCCGGGGCGUUGCAUUCCCCGCCAGGGAGGCUACACCUGCGUGUGUGAUCGUGGCUACUGGCUGAGCCCCCAGGGCACCCACUGCGUUGAUGUGGACGAGUGCCGGCGGAGCCCCCGCCCUUGUGCCAACGGCUACUGUGAAAACACCCGGGGCAGCUACAGCUGCAGGUGCCGGGCUGGCUACCAGGCCGACCCGUCCGGAACAGAGUGCAGGGACAUUGACGAGUGUGCGAAAAGCCCCCCGCCCUGUGCCAACGGACACUGCCACAAUACCCCCGGCUCCUUCCGCUGCACCUGUCCUCCCGGCUAUGACCCGGCUGGCUUGGAGGGCCGAGACAUUGACGAGUGUUCCCAGAGCCCCUCCCCCUGUGCCCGCGGCCGCUGCGAAAACGUUCCGGGCACCUACCGCUGUGGCUGCCCAGCCGGCUACCAGCCUGGCCCCACGGGCACCGAGUGCCUGGAUGUGGAUGAGUGCCGGGAGACCCCGUCCAUCUGCCACCCGGGCCGCUGUGAGAAUGUGCCGGGGGGCCACCGGUGCACCUGCCCCAUUGGCUACCAGCCCGGCCCCCUGGGGACCCGUUGUGUGGACGUCGAUGAGUGCCAGCAAGAACCCCCCCCCUGCGGCUCUGGGCGCUGUGAGAACGUGCCCGGCGGGUACCGCUGCCUCUGCCCCACGGGAUUCCGAGCCAGCCUGACGGAGGAGCAGUGCCUGGACGUCGACGAGUGUGCGACCCGGUCGCCGUGCGGCCCCCACGGGCACUGCACCAAUACGGAGGGCUCGUUCCACUGUCAGUGCCGGCGGGGGUACCAGAUGGAGGGCACCGAAGGCCCCUGCACGGAUGUGAACGAGUGCCUGGAGGGGGACUUCUGCUUCCCGCGGGGGGAGUGCCUGAACACGGAGGGCUCCUACACCUGCCUGUGUGCCCAGGGCUUUGCCACUGGCCCGGGCGGGGCCUCCUGCGUGGACAUCGAUGAAUGCCAGAGCAGUGCCGUGUGUGCUGGUGGGCGGUGUGCCAACACGGAGGGCUCCUUCAGUUGCUACUGCCCGCCAGGCGCCCGGAGCAGCCCCAACAAGGCCUCCUGUGACGAUAUUGACGAGUGCCAGGAGUACGGGGCGGCCCUCUGUGGGGCCCAGCGCUGCGAGAACUCUCCCGGCUCCUACCGCUGCGUGGCCGAGUGCCAGGGGGGCUACCGAGUCAGCCCCAGCGGGGACUGCGUGGACAUUGAUGAGUGCCAGUCGUACGGGGCCCGGCUGUGCGGGGAGAAGCGCUGUGAGAACACCCCGGGGUCCUACCAGUGUGUGGCCAGCUGUCAGUCGGGAUACGAAGCCACGGCCGCCGGGGACCUGGACGAGUGCCGGAAUGUCUCGCUGUGCGGCGCCCACGCCGUCUGCCACAACCUGCCCGGCUCCUUCCAGUGCAUCUGUGACCAAGGCUACGAAAGCGCCCGGGACGGCCACCAUUGCUUGGAUCCCUCUGGGCCCACUCCCCCUCUAGCCGGUGGGCCCCUGGGAGUUGCCUCCCUGCCCCGCCCCCAUCAAUGCCUGUGUCUUGCAGUGCGGCCCCCGGGCUUCCCCCGGCGCCCGGAGGCCUCUCUCCUGGAGUCCCAUCCCGCCUCUGGGCCUGGCGACGGCACCCGGCGUGAGUGCUACUACGAUCCCAACGCGGCGCAGGCCUGUGAGAACGUGCUGGCGUGGAACGCCACCCGCCAGGAGUGCUGCUGCAGCCUGGGCCACGGCUGGGGCCUCGACUGCCACAUCCAGGAGUGCCCGCUGCCAGGGACAGCUGAAUUCCGGACCCUGUGCCCUCGUGGGAACGGCUUUGCCGCUGUGGGCCCUGGCACCUCCGCCUCUGCCCUCGCAGACGUGGACGAGUGCACCCUGUUCAGCUCCCAGGUGUGCAAAGGCGGGGUGUGCGUGAACAAGGUGCCCGGCUACUCCUGCUACUGCCCGAGUGGCUACUACUAUGAGACUCAGCACCUGGAGUGCAUCGGUGAGGGGUGCUGCGGCCCGGGACUUUGGCACCCGUGGUUUGGGGGCCCCGGUGGAACCUGGGGGGGGCACUGCAUCAACACCGUCGGCUCCUACUACUGCUCCUGCGCCCCCCCCUUGGUCCUCGACGCCUCCCAGCACCGCUGCGUGGCCAACAACAGCCAAGAGGACUUCGAGGCCUUGUGCAACGUCCUUCGCCCUCCCAGCUACGGGCUGGAGCGUCCCGGGGGUCUGGGGCUGCCCUAUGAGUACGGGGGCGGGGACUUUGUGCCCUACGGCCCAGAGAUAUUCGCCCCUCCGGCCCGCCCUGCUCCGCGGCUGCCCGACUACGACCCCUACCCCCGGGACUCGCUCUACGGCCCAUCCCCCUACGAGGCCGGCGACUUUGAGGACCCGUCCUACGGCAGCGACAUGCGGCAGGAGGGCUUGGGCGAGCCCCCCCGCGGAGGAUAUGGGGCCCGUGGCCCCCCGGAGGACCCUGAAUGGCUCUACCCGCCACACGGCAGCAGCAGCCGCAGAAGUUCCUAUGAGCGGCCGGGCCGGGCCAGCGAAGACUACCGCCGUUCCGAGGACUUUGGGGCCGCCCAUUCUGAGGAAUGUGGUAUUCUGAGUGGCUGCGAGAAUGGGCGCUGCGUGCGGGUCGCCGACGGGUUCACCUGCCUCUGUUACGAGGGAUACCGCCUGGACCCCGCCCGCAUGGCCUGCCUCGAUAUCAACGAAUGCGGCGAGGUGGAGGGACUCUGCCCGGGAGGCGAAUGCUUCAACACGGAUGGCCUCUACCGCUGUGUGUGCCCGCAUGGCACGGUACCCGCUGGGCAGCCCCCCCGUUGUGUCCCGGCCCCUCGCAGUCGGGGCUGAGCUGGGAUGGGGGGGCCACGUAUUUAUUGCCUGUAUAGACUGGGGGAGGGGGGGUGGGAGAAAGGCUGCCUGGCGUGUUCCCCCAAGCGUGCACCCAGAGGAAGGGGGGGGGUCCUGCCCAGAAUGGUCUUGUGCAUUCCCGAGGAGGAGGAGGCACUUAGUGGGGGGGGGAGUGUCUCACAGGCUCCCAGGGGCUGCUCACAGAGGCCGGAGGAAGUCCCAAAGGGCAGAGAGGCAGCUGGAGAACUUCCGGGUCAAGCACAGCUUGGGGGAAGGGGGAGGGGAGGAUGCCUGUUCAUACCAACCGCGUUGCCUUCUUUCCCUGCCGAAAGCCCCACCUCCUCCUCUUCUGCGUUCUGGAGCUGGAAAGCAGCCGGGGUCUCCACACUUCGGGGCAGGUGGGCGGUAUCAGUGCCCGCCCCCUUCUUGGCCCUCACAAAGGAGCCACCACCACCACCAUGCCCGGAGACCGAGAGAGGGGCUCUUGCUGUGGCUUCGCUCCUGUCUCCGGUCUCCAUAAGAUGUCCCCCAGCCCCCAGCCAUGGGAUAUACCAGGGUCCCCAACAUGGCGCCCGUGGGCAGCACAGCACCC